UUCCGGUCUACUUGCUUACUCGUUAUUACUGGAAUAGGCUAUCAAAACAUUUUUUCAAAAGAUUCAAUCUUUUUUAACUAGUUAUCUACAUAAUUUGGCUUAAACGAAGUUCACGAAUAUCUGGAAUUAGUCACCGAUGUAUUAGCAUAAAAGGUUGACAGGAAGCUUCCGGAAUGAACAAGUCCAAACAGGAUACUUUGUCGCGUAAUCACAGUUUUAGUGGCAAACAGAAGAAAAUCGGAGGUAAGAAACCUGGCAAACCAUGGAAGAAGCAGUUUUCCACAAGUGAAGAAACGCUUACGGAGAAAGCCAAGACUAAGCUGCUGCCUGCGGAAGAUCUGAGAUACACGGAAAUGGCCAACGGAUUUGCUGAUAUGAAAAAUCUAAAGAAAUCCAAUCAACAGAAGCUGUUCGGCCAAAAAGAGAAAACAUCAUCAGCCCAAAAGUCACCCCAGCGUACCACCCGCAAGGAGGUUCAAACGAAAGUUGGAAAAGAGAAGAAGACUGAUCGACACUCGUUGAAGAGUGUCGAAAACAGAAAAGCUACCAAAAAGCAAACGCCACCAGAACCUACUAAAGCGGAUCGCCAGCAGAAGCGAAAGAAGAGCCAGAUCGAUGCCGUAGAGACGAAAGCGAAGAAAAAGAAACGUUCGCAGUCGGAAUCCGACAGCGAUGCGGACGAUUAUAUGGACCGAUUCUUCCAGGAUGUUUCGGAUGGAGAUCCGGAAGAAGACCCGACGGCGCCGGAUCUUUACGGUCUUCCACCGAUUGGUGGCGAGGAAGAGGAAGGAUCGGACUUAAACGAAAGCGAGUCCACCGGUGGUGAUAACGAGCAAGAGAACGAUGAGAAUGGCAUGUCGUUGGAAGAGUUGGUCGACUUUUACGGCAAACAUCAAGAUAGGGCUACUGAUGGUGGAAAAGCCGGGAAGCAGAAGAAGACAGCUGGUAAAGCGGGUAAGGUAGAGCGGAAAUCGAAAUCUUCUCAGGGAAACGAUUGGAUUGAGGAAGAUAACGAUGUGGAUCUGGUUUACGAUGAUUCCGACGGAGAAAAGGAAGCCGGUUGCAAAAUGUUGGUACCAGCUGGUAAUGGUCGAAUUGAAAAAUCAGAUGAUGAGCAGGAAUCUGCGUCGUCGGAGGAGUCCGGCGAGGAAGAAGAGGACGAAAAUGGAUGGAUGUCCUUGGAACAUGAAGGAUCGGAUUCACAGGAAGCGGCUGAUUCUGAUGAUGACUCAGCCACUUCCGAUUCGGAUUACUCUGAAAGUGAAGUGGAUGAUGAUGAAUCCGAACUGGAAGAUGAUGAGUUUUCUUCGGACUACGAUUCAGAUGAUUCCGACGAUUUGGAUGACUCGGAUGAUGAGUAUCCUUCGUACUGGGACGAGUCGUACGAUAGUGAUGAGGACGAAGAUUACAUCGCUGGGGACGAGGACGAUCUGUACAUCAGUCGAGGUGCAGCGCAGAUUUACGAAAUCACUGACAACCAGGUUUCAUUCAACAGUGAUGUGGAAUCGGCACAGAUUGUGGAACUACCAUGCGACGACGUAAGAAAGCGCUCGUGUAUAUUCAGCGUAAUCGAGAGUCAGGAGCCACACGAUGAUAAGGUAGGCUGUCCGGAAUUGGUUCCCAUCUACGACGCGGAGGGAAAUUUGAUCGACAGUCUUGAAAAAUUGAAUCGCAGUAAGAUUCUUGAAACAAAUGCAAGUCAAAAGCCAUCGUUGUUGAACCAGAGUUCGCCAGUUCCUAGCAGUGCUGAACGAGAAUUGAUGGAAGAGGAUACACCGCUACCCACCCGCAAUUUGAAAGAUCUUGCCAAACAGGAUGACGCGAUGGAUGAAGAUGUGGAUCAAAAUGCUGAUGCCGACUCCAACUACCGGAUCUAUGAUUCGAUCGAUAUGCGUAUGUCGCUGUUGGUGCUGAAGGAAACCCUCUACUUCAGUGGACACCUGACGAUUCAACCGUUGGUUGGUGGAUUGGAAGUGAUGGGUUACUAUCUGAGACCUGGCGAAUGCCGCAGUGUGUAUGCCGUUCGAGGUUUCCAUAGCUUGAAUUUAAGUCCCCACGCCGAAGCGACUCCAAGUUCAAUGGAAACGAUUCGGAAGGUGAUGACGCGCGUGGAGAAGCACUUCCAGGUUUUGGAUUUGCAGGAAAUCCAGGAAAAUUUCGAUCCGGCGGUCUCAGUUCUAGUUUUACUGCAAGCGAACUGUAAUAACAAAAAGAUUACGGUAGUCGACAAGUACCUUUCGGAAGAUCUGCUUUUCCCAAGGGUGGAGUUUUUGAAGAAAAGCGUAUUAUUCACCACAGAAUACUUGCUGAAUGUUGAGUUCUACACAGAGCACGUGGACAAGAGUACAUCUUUGUACCGGAGCGAUCCAGAGUGGGACAAGAUAGACGUGAAAAAUAACAGCAAAAUCGUAGUGAUGGGUGGAAAGGGAUCUGGCAAGUCUACGCUGUGUCAGUAUCUUGUCAAUAGGAACGUAGCCAAGUUUAGGAAAGUCAUCCUGAUUGACUUGGAUAUUGGUCAACCGAUCCAGCACAUUCCGGAAACGAUAAGCGUAACAAUCGUGGACAGACCGUUACUGGGAGUUGCCACAUUUAGUCCAAUCAAACCGGUCAAGAGUUGGCUUUUCGGAAGCCUCAACAUCGUAUCAUCACUUAUCUUCUACAUUCAGAACGUACGACAAUUGCUCCGCUACUGCGAGCAGCACAAAUCCGAACUUGCCAACGUGCCCUGGAUUAUCAACACCAUGGGGUACGUGACGGACUUUGGCGAAGAACUGAUGGCAGUGAUACUCCGGAUGUUCUCUCCUACGGACGUGAUUCAGCUUGUGUCGACCAACAAGUUACUGGCCAUACCAAACUACCAGAACCGCCUAACAUGCGAAUUCAUCAAUCAGUUCAGUUUCAACAUUCUACGAAGCGAAGUUCAAGAAUACAUCCAACGGAAAGCAACAUUCAAACAUUAUGAACUGAAUGUUUGCUACCCGAAAAAGGGAUUCACUCUAAAUGCCCCGAAGCGCCGGUUUCUGAUGCUGUUGGCCCAUUUGGCAGACAUCUUGAACGACACAUCCAGUGAGUGGUUCAACGAUGUGAAACCUUUCUGUGCCCCGCUAAGUCAGCUGCAGGUACUUGUCACCCGGGAAGAUCAAACCUUGGCAGAUGAACAGUUACCAUCGGUGUUGAACGCCACUCUCGUCUAUCUCUGCCAAAAAGUUGACGGUGGGUUGUACGAGUGCUUGGGAAUCGGAAUUGUUCGUGGCGUGGACAAGAACAAUAACGUAUAUCUGCUGCAGUCGCUUCCGGCCGAACGGCUGGCCGAUGUGAACGUGUUGGCCAUCUGCAGCAGCAGUCUACCGAAUGCUGUCUUCCUACGGCAGAGCGCCAAGAUUCAAGGAAGUAUUCCUUAUGUGUACAACAUCGACUGAAGAGACUGGGAAACAGUUACCGGUACCGUUAGUGAUUAAGAGUCUGUACAUUCUGUGUUGAGAUGGUUGUAUUUAUUUCCCAGUUAAAUGCGUUUGCGUGCAUUAAAAGCAAUACAAAGUAAUCUAUUUGU